AUGUCGACACUAUGGGGCACCAGGUGAUAAUAUUUGACUUCUCUGUCAUAAGAGGACUGUGGGAAACUCGAGUUAAGGAAAGCAAAGAACGUCAGAAGAAAGAGAAAGAAAGAUUAGAAAAAAGCUCAUUGGAGAAGAUAAAGCAGGAAUGGAAUUUCAUACUGGAGUGCCGGAAGAAAGGCAUUCCUCCAUCAAAGUACCUCAAAAAUGGCUUUGUGGACACUGAUGAGAAGAUUUGGGACGCUUAUGAAAAGACUCCUCAGCUCCAGAAGAGGCAUGAUUUGUCAGAUGAAGCAAAGAAGGAAAGAAAUAAAUUUAUUUUUCAUCUUUCUGGAGAGCAGUGGAUGGAAUUCCCAGAUUCUCUUAAAGAAAAAAUCUACCUAAAAGAAUGGCACGUGUACAAUACAUUGAUACAAACCAUUCCAGCCUACAUUGCAUUAUUUCAAGAUCUGAGAGUACUAGAAUUGUCAAAAAAUCAAAUCAACCAUCUCCCAGUGGAAAUUGGCUGCUUAAGAAACCUCAAAGUACUCAAUGUGAGUUUCAAUAACUUGAAGUCAGUCCCUCCAGAACUAGGGGAUUGUGAGAAUCUGGAAAAAUUGGAUUUGUCUGGAAAUAUGGAAUUAACAGAGCUCCCAUUUGAACUAAGUAACCUGAAACAAGUCACAGUUGUGGAUAUGUCAGCAAACAAGUUCCAUUCAAUUCCAAUUUGUGUUCUCCGGAUGUCUAAUUUGCAGUGGUUGGAUAUUAGCAGCAACAACCUGAAUGAUCUCCCAGAAGAUAUAGACAGGUUAGAUCAGCUGCAGACACUUCUUCUGCAGAAAAACAAGCUGACUUAUCUUCCUCGAGCUCUAGUCAAUAUGCCAAAGCUCAGUCUUCUAGUUGUCAGUGGUGAUGACCUGGUUGAGAUACCUACAGCCAUCUGUGAGUCAGCCACAGGUUUGAAAUUCGUAAGUCUUAAGGACAGCCCAGUUGAAACUAUUGUAUGUAAAGACACUGAAGAAAUUACAGAAAGUGAACGUGAAAGGGAGCAAUAUGAAAAAGAGUUUAUGAAAGCAUACAUUGAAGAUCUAAAGGAAAGAGGGAUUAAUACCAGUGAUUAUGAAUUCCUACAGAAGCACAUCUCAUCUUCAGAAUAA